AUGGCUGCGUGGCCCGGCCCGCUCUGGCUGCUGGGCCUGGCGCUGUGCUCCCUGAGCGCCGGCGGCCCCUGCCCGCGGCCCGCACCUUGUUGCCCGCAGCGUCGCCUGGGCGCCCGCGAGCGGCGCGACAUGCAGCGCGAGAUCCUGGCGGUGUUGGGGUUGCCCGGGCGUCCCCGGCCCCGCGAACCGCCUGCCGCCGCCCGGCUGCCAGCGUCUGCCCCGCUCUUCAUGCUGGACCUCUACCACGCCAUGGCUGACGACGACGACGACGACGACGACGGGCGCCCGGAGCGGGGCCUCGGCAGAGCCGAUCUGGUCAUGAGCUUUGUCAACAUGGUGGAGCAUGACCACACCCUGGCCCAUCAGGAGCCCCACUGGAAGGAGUUCUGCUUUGAUCUGACCCAGAUCCCAGCAGGGGAGGCAGUCACAGCUGCUGAAUUCCGGAUUUAUAAGGUGCCAAGCGCCCACCAGCUCAACAGGACCCUCCACAUCAGCAUGUUUGAGGUGGUCAAGCAGCAGGCCAACAGGGAGUCUGACUUGUUCUUUUUGGAUCUUCAGACGCUCCAAGCUGGGGACGAGGGCUGGCUGGUGUUGGACAUCACAGCAGCCAGUGACCGCUGGUUGUUGACCCGUAACAAGGACCUGGGACUCCGCCUCUAUGUGGAAACGGAGGAUGGACACAGUGUGGACCCUGGACUGGCUGGUCUGCUAGGGCGCCAUGCACCGCGCCCCAAACAGCCCUUCGUGGUCACUUUCUUCAGGGCCAGCCCCAGCCCCAUCCGAACCUCACGAGCGGUGAGGCCGCUGAAGAGGAGGCUGCUGAAGAAAACCAACGAGCUGCCACAGACCAACAGGCUCCCGGGGAUCUUUGAUGACAUCCACGGCUCCAACAGGCGGCAGGUGUGCCGACGGCAUGAGCUCUAUGUCAGCUUCCAGGACCUCGGCUGGCUGGACUGGGUCAUCGCCCCCCGAGGCUACUCGGCCUAUUACUGUGAGGGGGAGUGCUCCUUCCCGCUGGACGCCUGCAUGAACGCCACCAACCAUGCCAUCCUGCAGUCUCUGUUGCACCUGAUGAAGCCUGACGCUGUCCCCAAGGCGUGCUGCGCACCCACCAAGCUGAGCGCCACAUCCGUGCUCUACUAUGACAGCAGCAACAACGUCAUCCUGCGCAAGCACCGCAACAUGGUGGUCAAGGCCUGUGGCUGCCACUGAAUGAGGCCACACCCAUAUGUGCCUGCUGCGGCCUCCAGUCCCACCCAAUCAGCCUCCUCUUCAGCCAAGAAAACUUCAAGUGUGGUCACAGCUCAGGCAGG